UGCUAUCUAUUUGAUUGUGGGUUUUGUUUUCCUUUGCUAUAAAUUGGUUUUUUGAUAGGUUAUUUUUCUUCCUAAAAUGGGUGCUGGUUCUUGUUCAAGGGUUUUCCUCUAUUCCCAGUUUGAUCUUAUUUUUGUUGUAUACAUGUUUUUAGCUGGAAUGCAUACUCCUCAAGUUUGAACACCCAAACUUCAAGUGAUCUAACUUUGUGGAUGAUGGAUGAAGAUGAGGGCCAUCUUUCAAGUGGGUUUGUUUGAUCUUACUGGUUGGUGCUUGUGGUGGGGUUUUUAGUUUGUGAGAGGUGUAUUGUAAUAUAUAUAUAUAUACAUGUGUAUAUAUAUGCUGAAGGCUAAGAUAAGGCCUUGUUGUGGAGAUAGAAGUUAUUGUGACUGUUGGCAAGACAGCACAAGGAGGGAGAAACUUAUCAUCAGAUGUUAUCCAUUGAAAACCCACCACCAGAUCCCCCAUGUCCUUGUGAAAUCUCACCGCUGAAAAGUAGUGAUGAAAGGGUGUUUGAUGAUAAGGUAGAUCUGUUGAAGUCAGGCUUUGAUCAUGACAACAACUCAGUAGUACUCCCCAAGUUCUCCAUAAGAGAUUAUGUUUUUAGUGUGAGGAGCAAGGAUAUCAAGACUAAUUGGCCAUUUUCUCAAAAAAAUCUGCAACAAUGUUUGGAACAUGGCGUGAAAGAUUUGUUGCCACCUUUUCAGCAUAUUGAUUCAGCAAAGAAUUGGUCCGUCAAGAGAUGCACAGUUGAAUCUAGUAUGCUUGAUGAGGAAAACAUAAACAAUUUCAAUGGGAAGCCAUUUACGCCAACUUGUCAUUUGGACACAAUCAGUUCUGACAAUGCGGGUUUCAAAGAAAAGCUAGCUGCAGAUUGUGACAUAGGCGGAGUCGGAUCUGAAAGAGAGAAAGAAAUUCCAUCAACGACAAGCAGUCAACCUCAUUCUAGAAUUGAUUCCACUCACUGUAAUAGGACCCAUUGCUCGGAAUUGAAAACUGAUCCUUCAUUGAAAGUUGGAGCAAUAGAACCCGAGGCUGUAAGCCCUCUUGCAUCCAACAAGAAAGGAAGCACGACCCAACCUCCGUUUAAAAAGUGUAAAUUGACAGUCAAACUGUGUAGCAUCAGGGAUCCUAGCUCAAACGAAGAUAUGGCAUCGAAUUGUAUGACAUUUUCACAAACAAUGACUUCAAAAGUGUGCCCCGUUUGCAAGACUUUCUCUUCCUCUUCCAACACCACCUUGAAUGCUCACAUCGAUCAGUGCCUUUCUGUGGAGUCGACUAUUAAGUGGACGGCUGAUUGUAAGAUGAACAAACAUAGAAUAAAACCAAGGAAGACGAGGUUGAUGGUGGAUAUCUAUGCAACUGCCUUAAGGUGCACACUGGAAGAGCUUGAUAAAAGAAAUGGGACAUGCUGGGCUAUUAACUCAAACUUGCCUACCCAAGAGACCGAAUUGUGUGCUCGUGUAGAGAAGAGGCAAAGAGUGUCACCUGUUAGUUGUGAGGACACUGAUAAUGAGGGUGCAGUCUAUGUUGAUGCCAAUGGCAAGAAAGUUCGGAUUUUAUCCGAAUUCAAUAAAUCAACAGUCUCAAAAGCAGGAGUUGUUUCUAGAUUUCGUAAAGUUUUGAAAAGUGGAAAAGGAAGCAUCUUAACCAUCAAGAAGAAACAUCGUGGGCAGAAACAUAAAAAAUACCUGAAACUUGUCUCUCAGAGGAAUAUUUUUUGCUACUCUAAGGCCCAUUGUGGUUCUGAGAUUCGUAGAGGCCAAGAAAAAACGUGUGCAGUGGAAGAAAAAUGUGAUAAAGAGGAAUACUUGAUACCGUUCAAUGCUCAAGAGAAGAUUAAACCCAGUGAUUCAGGAACUAUAAGGAAUUGGGUAUGCUCUAAGCGAACAGGUUUCACAAAGAAGACCACUUCCAAGGAAGGCAUUCAGCAUUUGGGGCACAAUUUGACACAGGGCUUGCUAGUUGAAAGUGAUCUACUUUCCCAGAGUCAGUAUGCAUUCUCAUCAAAAGCCACGAGGUUCUCCUCGUUGAAGAAGGAUAUUUUGUCACUAAAGCGAUCAUCUGUGCCUGAGUCCAACUGUAGUUUGAGGGGAAAGCGUUCAGCCCUUAAAAAGUCAAGGGUGCAUUUGGUAGAAGAAUCAGAUCAAGAGGUAGCGGCGUGGACUUCUGAAGUGAUUGAACAUGAUUCCAUGCAGAAUCAUCCUAAAACUCAAUCUAGAGUAGAAGACAUAACUGACAAGGUACUGUCUCUUGGCAGACGUGGUGUUUUGAAAAUAAGGAAAAAGAGAGCAGCAAGUAUCUCUCAAAGGGAGGAAGCCGUGGUCUUGAAGAGUUCAAAUUCAGCAUCUCAAUAUUGUGGUCAUGAUAUGGGAAACAAAAGAAAUUCUUCUGUUAGAGUUGGUAAAUUUGAUGUCAGAGAAUCUGCUGGAACAGGAAUUCAAACUCAUUGGGAGGACAUUGUUGUCGAACCAUCAUCCUCCAGGAUAGCUUUUGGGGAGAGUGUUAUGAGUUUGAGCAGAUCUUCAGAUCGUGAAUUCAACAAGCUGUCUAGUCCUUCCUAUACCCAGUCCAACUCAAUGCAAUGUAUUAAAGUAUGUAAGGGGUCUUUAUGUGGUUCUGAAUCACCAAUAAGUCCUCAGCCAAGAUCGGGUGAUGGACAAGAGAUGUUUUAUGCCAAUGCAGUUGGUGAGGGUAUGAUUGGGCUGAACAUUCACAAGGGUAGGGAAUUGGAUUGUGAAGUUGGGCAAGGAAACUGCUUUUCUGUUGAUGAUCCAAUAUCUAUUCCAGGACCCCCGGGAUCAUUUUUGCCAAGUCCUGGAGAUAUAGGUGCAGAAGAACUUCAAGGAAAUUCAUCAUCGACCAGCAGCCAGGUUCAAAUUACUGAAGAUUAUCAUGAUCUGCUCGAUAGAGAUUCAUCAGAUUCUCCUAUUUCUGCAACAUCAACCAUUUCUAACUCUACUUUGGUGACAUCUGAUUCAAAAUCUUUGGAGCAAAAGUAUGUAGGUGCUCAAGUCACUCUGGAUGAUAUUAGAUCUGGCUUCUCGGGCUCGAGCCAUGAUACAGAAGCGGAAAAUAUUUCCACAGUUCUAAAUACAGCCACCAUGAGAAUAGAAAGUAACAAUCUAGAUGAGUUGAAAGUCAAUGCAAUCUUCCCUAAUAAGGGACCUCUCAAUUUAAAAAAUGAUCAGCCAUGCUGUUGCUCACGGAAGGAGGGAACCUCUCAGGGUGUUGCUUUAAAUCAUCAAGAGUCACAGCUUCCAAUUCAACGAAAUAUGGCUCCGGUGACACUUGCAAUGGGAAAGCAAAUGAGUUGUGAUCUGAAUAAAAGACCCAGCUAUUUGAACUCGAGGCCUGAAAUGCUUACUCUCAGCAAUUUCCCAAGUUCAAAAUCUGAAAAUGUGGCAAAUCCUAUCAUGAAUUCACCCGCAGGACUCAUUCCUAAGAAAGUUUUUUCUGCCAAUUCUGGUCUUAAGUUCCCAACUGAUGGUGAUUUUGAUUUUGCUAGAGUACCAUCUGCUUCUACUCCUGUUCUCAGGCUCAUGGGGAAAAAUUUAAUGGUGGUCAACAAAGAUGAGAACUUGUCUCCACGACUCACGCAAGCCCAGUCAGCUAUCCUGAAUAAUCAUCCAAAUUCGCAGUUUCAAACAUUUGCUAAAGCCUCUCCUGGCAAUGUUCAAAAUAGGGAGUUCCAUUCCUUUGAUUAUAUGGUCCAUCAAAAUCCACAUUUUGGCCAGAAUCAACACAACACAAUGGGGCAAGGUUUUGAUGUCAGAUUCUCAAAUAGUUUCAGAAGCCAUGUUGAUGGUAAGUACUCAACACAAACGCCCAUUGACACUUCAGCGGCCAUGUUUCCAAACGAGAAUGUGGGUGGUGGGGAGCCGCAUGACUACAAGGGUGUUUACAAUUUUCCAGAUGAACGAAAAAGAUCCAAGAAGAAAUUUGUAACAACUCCCGAUCAUCCCCAAAACAGGAAUGCAAAUUCUUCCCCCAGCCUCAUUAAGGAUAUCAUCAUCAUUGACGAUAGCCCUGAAAGUGAACCAGAUUCAGCUACUGAUGCAACUACUUACAGUGAAGGAACGCAGAGGAGUUGGGUAAGUUCAGCUGGCAGUUCAAUUCCAAUGGCUUCUGAUUAUAGUUCAAGGCAUGUAAAUUCUUUCUACAGUUGUUCACCACAUGAUUGUUCUCCCGGUGGAUCACCAAUGUUAUACAGUCCUAGCUUUCAAAUGCCGCCUUCUAGGAGAGCAAAUGCAAUUCCUGUCAAGUGGAAUUGUACUUUGGAAGGCUCAAGCAUACUGCAUCCGAGUUCUUUAACAGCUCCGUUGUCCUCAACAGGUCACCAGAGGUCUGCAUUGUAUUAUUCUCCCAGCUUAUCAUGAACAGCAAGCAUUUUCAUGCGGUACCUAUUUGCACUUGGCAGGGUUUCACACUUUUCUUUUUCUUUUCUUUUUUUAAUGAUGUUUGAAACUGAUUUUCGAUGGCAACAAGCACAGCAGUUUGAUCAAGCAGAUGAGCUCUGAAGGGGUUGUCUUUGAGAAAGUUUCUAUAUAUUCAAAUGUAGUGAAAAUGCGUUAUAUUCAACUUUUCUGAGGCCUCUGUGUAGGCAAUGCCAAAGCUUUCUGUAAACUAGUGUAUAAGCAGGCUUUGACUACUAAUAAGUUUAAUUACCUUGAGGAACCUUUGUUUUCAUGACAA